AUGAGCGAUCGCCCCCUGAAAGAGAUGUCUGAUAACAGCAGUCCUCUCCUGCCUGAGACCCUUUCAAGCAGAUCCACCCUCUAUGAGUCAGAGCCGAGCAGCCCUACCUGGCCCCCAGGCUCCCAAGCCCUACCCUUGCUGGAAAUGCCUGAAGAAAAGGAUCUCCGAUCAACUGCUGAAGAUAGCCACAUUGUGAAAAUUGAAAAGCCCAAUGAAAGGAGUAAAAGGAGAGAGAGUGAGGUACCUCACCAGGGCUCUGCAGGCCAGGGAGGCUUCAGCCUCUUCCAAGCAAUGGGCUACCUCACAGGCGACAUGAAAGAGUAUAGGAACUGGCUGAAAGAUAAGCACCUGACCCUGCAGUUCAUAGACUGGAUCCUCAGGGGAACAGCUCAGGUGAUGUUCGUCAACAACCCUCUCAGCGGCCUCAUCAUCAUCAUAGGGCUUCUGAUCCAGAAUCCCUGGUGGACAAUUACUGGGGUUCUGGGGACAGUGGUCUCAACCUUAACUGCUCUUGCCUUAAGCCAGGACAGGUCAGCCAUUGCCUCAGGACUCUGUGGCUACAACGGCAUGCUGGUGGGACUGCUGGUGGCCUUGUCCUCUGAGAAGUUAGACUACUACUGGUGGCUUCUGUUUCCCGUGGUCUUCACAACCAUGGCCUGCCCAGUUGUUUCUAGUGCCUUGAAUUCCAUCCUCAGUAAGUGGGACCUACCAGUCUUUACACUGCCCUUCAACAUCACCUUGACCCUGUACCUGGCAGCCACGGGCCACUACAACCUCUUCUUCCCCGCAACACUGGUGGAGCCUGUGUCUUCAGUGCCCAAUAUCACCUGGACAGAGAUUGAAAUGCCCUUGCUGUUGCAAGCCAUCCCUGUCGGAGUGGGCCAGGUGUACGGCUGUGACAACCCCUGGACUGGUGGCCUGAUCCUGGUGGCUCUGUUCAUCUGUUCGCCCCUCAUCUGCUUGCAUGCGGCCAUUGGGUCAAUUGUGGGGAUGCUGGCAGCACUGACGGUGGCCACACCCUUCAAGACAAUCUACAUGGGCCUCUGGGGCUACAAUUGUGUCCUCUCCUGCAUCGCCAUUGGGGGCAUGUUCUAUGCUCUCACCUGGCAGACCCACCUGCUAGCCCUUGUCUGCGCCCUCUUCUGUGCAUACAUGGGAGCAGCCCUCUCCAACAUGAUGGCGGUGAUGGGUGUGACACCAGGCACCUGGGCCUUCUGCUUGUCUUCCCUUAUCUUCCUGCUCCUGACGACCAACAACCCUGCCAUCUACAAGCUCCCACUCAGCAAGGUCACCUACCCAGAGGCCAACCGCAUCUUCUACCUGACGAUGAGAAACCCUGAGAAAGCAAAGUCCCCCAGCGGUGGCAGUGGAGAGCAGCCACCCACGGCGGGCCAUAAGGCAAAGGAGGGCACUGAGGCCCUGCUCCCCAUACACAGGAGUGUGUUCCACAUCGAGUGGUCAUCUGUUCGGAGGAGGAGCAAAGUUCUUGGAAAAGGUGAAAGCCAGGAGAGACAGGCCAAAGAGCCUUUUCCCUAUCCAUUCCGGAAGCCCACCAUGGAGCUGCCGGAUCUGAACACCAUGGAGGAAAGUUCUGAGAUAAAGGUGGAAGCCACUACAUCCAAGAUGCCCUGGAUCCAGAGUUCCAUGGCUGCCGGGGGGAAGAGGGUCAGCCAAGCCCUCAGCUACAUCACAGGAGAGAUGAAGGAAUUUGGGGAGGGACUUAAAGACAAGUCCCCCGUGUUCCAGUUUAUCGACUGGGUGCUCCGGGGCACAUCUCAGGUGAUGUUUGUGAACAACCCGCUCAGCGGCAUCCUCAUCGUCAUCGGCCUCUUUGUCCAGAACCCCUGGUGGGCCAUCUCAGGCUGCCUGGGCACCAUUGUGUCCACUUUGACAGCCCUUUUCCUGAGCCAGGACAAGUCAGCCAUUGCAGCAGGACUCCAUGGCUACAAUGGGAUCCUCGUGGGGCUGCUGAUGGCUGUGUUCUCAGACAAGGGCAACUACUAUUGGUGGCUUCUGCUCCCAGUCAUCAUCAUGUCCAUGUCUUGCCCCAUCCUCUCCAGUGCCCUGAGCACCAUCUUCAGCAAGUGGGACCUGCCAGUCUUCACGCUGCCCUUCAACAUCAUCGUGACGCUGUACCUGGCAGCCACAGGUCACUACAACCUCUUCUUCCCCAUGACACUGCUGCAGCCUUCAUCCUCUGUGCCCAAUAUCACCUGGUCGGAGGUCCAAGUGCCCUUGCUUUUGAGAGCCAUCCCUGUUGGAGUCGGUCAAGUGUAUGGUUGCGAUAAUCCCUGGACUGGAGGCAUUUUCCUCAUCGCUCUGUUCCUAUCUUCACCUCUGAUUUGCCUGCACGCUGCAAUUGGAUCCACCAUAGGGAUGUUGGCAGCCCUCAGCAUUGCCACGCCCUUUGACUCCAUCUACUUUGGCCUGUGUGGCUUCAACAGCUCCCUGGCCUGCAUCGCCAUCGGAGGCAUGUUCUACGUCAUCACCUGGCAGACGCACCUCCUUGCCAUCGCCUGUGCUCUGUUUGCAGCCUACCUAGGCACUGCUCUGGCCAACAUGCUAUCUGUGUUUGGAUUACCACCCUGCACCUGGCCUUUCUGCCUCUCAGCGCUCACCUUCCUGCUCCUGACGACCAACAACCCAGCCAUCUACAAGCUCCCACUUAGCAAGGUCACCUACCCAGAGGCCAAUCGCAUCUACUACCUGUCCCAGGAGAGAAACAGAAGGGCAUCAACCAUCACAAAGUACCAGGCUUAUGACAUCUCCUAAGCUGUCCUUUCCAAAGCAUGUCACUGUAAAUGCAGCCUUCAGCAGUCUGUCUGAGUCCCCAGGCUAAAGGCCACCUAACCUCCCUUUCUGUCUGUUCUGUGAUCCUGCCCCUAAGCACAGGAAAUGUGUGUGUGGUCACCUUUCUGGAAGCUCACCAAGAUGACUUAAUUUAGGCUUGAUUCCAAUAGCUGGCUCCAUGAGAGCCCCCUUUAAUAGGAACUUUUCCUGUUCUGUAAGGAAAGCCACCAAGAAGGGGACAGAAAUGGGUGACAUUUCUGCCAGCUCAGUUAUUUAAUAUAGAAAAGCACAGUGCUGGGAAAUGUUCAUGAGCCUGAAGGCCAAGAGGCCUGGUCCCAUCCACCUCUACCACUAAUGGAUCCCAACAGUCCCAACUCCAUCCUUCCCUAUCUCAGCCUUGACUUCUUAGUGCCAGGAAUUUCUUUAUGACAGGGAGGGACUCUAAGGUCCCUUCUACCUCAGAAGGGUUGGCUCUUCCCUGUCUCCUGUAACCUGAUCAAAUCAGCACAACCAGAAAGUACUUAUCUGGAGCUGAGUAACAGAAGGAAGUGCUACCUACAGAAAGUGCAGGCAAGAGUUGAUGCUCUAUGGAGGUUUAUUUUGGGGUCAUGGAAGAAUAUCUCCAGAUUGGGGUUAGGAACUUAAGCUACUGGAAAUGUCAAUGUGCCUUCCUUUACAUUACUGAAAUAUCAUAAGGGGAAAACUGAUCUUUUUCAGCAUUGUAAUCAUAUUGUAAACAAAUGUCUUUCCUUUUAUAACAGUCAUAA